AUGACUCACGACGAGCAGCAGCCGCAGUGCACGGGCGCCGCCGGCCCGUGCGGGAGUGCGGGCCACGACACGAUGAUGGCGCUGCACCGACUGGAAGACGCCGCCGCAACGCUUCACGCGGAGUCCCGCAAAUUGCGCCGCGCCAUUCUUGCAAAGCAGCGCCUUGCGUCCAAGCUUUUGCUUGGUGACGCAGACGCGGCCGUGGCGGUGGACGGGCUUUGCCCCACUGCGACGGGCCACGCGUGGCCGGCCGCCUCGCAUCACGCGGUGGGGGCGCAGCGGCACUGGGCCUUGGCCGCACAGCACCGCAGCCUGGCGGAGGUGCUGCGCCGGAAGGCGGAGUUGGCGGAGUUGUGGGAGCGGCUGGUGGUUCGCGCGUGGUACAAGCGCGUCGUCGUGGCGGGGUUUUACGAGCGGGUCCUGGCGCGGCUGAGCGGCUUCGAUCGUCGGCUGCAGCGAGCGGCGUCGGUGCUGCGGCCGGGGCGGCGGUGGCGGGGCGGAACGCCUCCAGCCCUCGCGCCUCUGCGCGCCACGGCGCCGCGACGGCCGCGGGAGCCUGCGGCCGCUGCGGUUGGCCCCGCGUCAACGUUGGCCGGCGUGAGGGCGGCGGCGGGAGAGGCGGUCGACGCAAUUGAAGCGUGUGGGACGGGCGGAGGCCGGGCGGCGUGUGUGCGGCGACGGCGUCCGCUGCGGACCAUCAUCCACCUCUUCACCAGCGUUGUGCGGGACUACGCGGAGCAGCAGAGGACGCAUGGCGGCUGCGAUGUUUUCAGCAACACCGGCGAGCACCUCGGCGGCGGCGGCGACGGCGCGCCGUGGGUGAACCCGUUGGUCCCCUUCACGUUGGAGCAGCUGGCAGAGGCCAUGCACCACAUUUUCACAGGCAGCGUGGGCGUGCGGUGGCCGUGCCUUGGCGACCCUCCCAGCGCCGGCACCCCGGCUGAGUCACAGAAGGAAGCGCUGCUUCAAGCCCUCGCUGCCUCCUUCUUGCUGCAGCGUCACAUGGAAACGUGGGUGAUGUGUCACUUUCAGCCACAAGAGAAACUCUUGCGGUAUCGACACUAUGCCCAGGCGGUCACGGGCUUUAUGCAGGAAAGGUCUCGCGCCACGAGGGACUUGCUAGUCACGCGGCGCCAGCAACAAGAACGCGACGAGGCACGCUGGCAGGGCAUGCGUGCGAGGGCUAUGGCUGCGCUGCACCCUCUUCCCGCUGACGCCGCCGCCGCCGAUGAUAGCUUGCACCACACAGAGCACGGCGCCGAUGUCCCAAUCGACAAGGGUGAGUGCAUGCUUUGGCUUGUGGUGGAUUCACUGCGCCAACAGAGUAGGGCGGAGUCAGCUGCGUUGGAUCCAACGCAUAGCUGA